GAACACCUGAUGUACGAUGAAAAGAAAGAAGAGGACCUGAUGUUACACUACAAGAAGGCAUUUGACAGUGAUGAUUUCCCAACCACUUCACUUUCUGAAUACAACAAAACUCACAACAUUCGAUCCAGGAGAUCUUCUCGUAGCGAGUUGUAUACUUCAGAAUCGAAUUGGAUGGACCCUGACCCCAAAGCCAAUGCUGAAGUCAUUCCCCGAUUUCCCUAUUCGAGAUCAAGCUACAGUGUUCAUAGUGGGCAUGAUUUGAAUAACGGUGAUUUAAACAACACAUACAAGAAUAUUUACAAGUCAAUUACCCAAAGAAACUUAUCGCAGAUUCUAAAUGACCGGAACGAUGACUUGAGGUCGGUCAGGUCAUCUCAAAGAUUACCCACCAUUGAACAGUCAAGAACGUUGAAGACAUCCACUGGCUCCGUAAGAAAUGACUAUGUAAAUACCAGAUACGGUGAUCAAAAAUUGGCUCCGAGCACCAGUCUUAACUACAAUCCUAGCACCAAACAACCUAUUAAGGAAAACAUUUAUUUGAACUCAGAUGAUGUUUAUAAGAUUCUCAGCAAAAAAAAAGCAUCCACCGCCGAACCAGGGCCAAGAAGCAAAGGAUUUGCUUCUCGAUUGUUCGGCUGGUAAUUUACUCAUACAAGACAUAAAUAUAAUGAAGUGAUGAAGGGCGGAAUGUAUAUGUACAAUGUAAUAAUCUAAUGAAAGUUUAUUUCCUUAUUUAAGCAACUUGAGGAGCACCUGGAACUGGGUUACCAUUGGCGUCAACCAAGCCUUGUUGCAUCAUCAUUAUUUGUUCAUUACCAGCAGAUUCGAAUUGCAAACCAACUCCGAUUCUGGAAUUGUUUUUAGCGUGGUCGAUUUCACCAGAGAACAAAAGGGCAAUGGUUGGCAACACUCUCUUCUCCAUAAACACGCCAACUUUACCAGUGGAGUCUAUUUGACCUCUGUAAACAGAUUGUCUGUACUCGUAUUUGGCACCAACAGUAGUUUGACCUUCGAUAACUGGUUCCAUACCAAUUGGAGUUCCGCUGAAGUUGUCGGUGAUUGGUCUCAUGGUAGCAGACACUUGGGUUUCCACACCGGCUUCAACCUUGUCGGUGACCUUUCUCCAGAAACUAGCAAUAAGAGCACCUUGGGCCAACAAUUGACCAGAAAAGAUCCAGUUACCAUUGUUGUAUCUGGCGUAGUAAGAAAUGGCACUUUCGGGGACUGGAGCACCCGGCUGUUUAGUAUAACUAGACUCAACACCCACCGAUAAUUUCUUAGACAACGACUGUAAUAAAGAAGCAACGGCCAAACCAGUGAAUCCAUCGUUCAAGAAAGAAGGGUUCAAAGUCUUGAAGUUAACCGAGAAAUCACCAGCUUGGUAAUCUUGUUCCAAUUGAACCAUAGCUGGUUGACCAUUGGCUAAUUGCAAUGUCAAUUUGGAAACGUUAUUGGCAUUCCAACCAUAGUUGAUUCUACCACUGAAAGAUAAAUCGUUAUCGAUAUUACCUUGCAUGAAGGUCUUUUCCCCAUAGUACAAGGCGGAGAAAGCAUAGGCUGGUAAGACUUGAGAACCCAUGGAUAAUGUAUGAGAAGUCUGGAAAACGGGGAACAUGGAGAAAGCCUUGUUUAAGUCAGCUCUUAAACCGGUGAAAAAAUAUUGGUUCAAGAAAACAUCACGACUGACUUCCUUGUUUAUGUUUUCGAUGGUACCAGGGUUGACCAAACCCAAUGAUUUCCUGUGUUCGCCAAUAGUGGUGUACACAUCAUUUAUAUAUUGGUAAAAAGGGUUCAAAGGACCAGUGGUUUCUUGAACAGUGUUGCUUGGCAAUGUGGACACUCCUUUGUUCAAGUCUCCGAAGGAGGUUGGAAUUGUGCUAGUUUGUUCAGACAUUGGUGGGCCUUUUUUUGUACACUAUUUACAAUAAGUUCUGAACUUGCUGAAAUCUAACUGGAAGAAGCAAAAAAAUUUCGUGAAAAUUUUGAGAAAUGUGGUUGGGGAACACUCUGAGAUUUACGUGAGACUAGCUUGGCUAUAGGCCGAGAGCAAGCGAGCAUGAGACUCGAAGCGACCCAAACCCGCGGUAUAUUUCAUACCAGAAUUUGGAACUCCCAAAUAACCAUCCCGACUUCAAGCAUACCACCAGCUUCUUCAAAGUUAUGGUUAUUCGGGUUAAUUACAACCACCCGAUGUAAUCUCAAUCUUGGAACCGGAGCAGCUCAUGAAGAAAUGUCGCCUCGCACGUCAGUAGUCCGACAUCAACUGCGAAUUUGCAUUUCAGCAGGUGAUGUAAAAUCAGCGAUUCUCUCAACUAUUAAAUCCUAACCUUUCCCUUUGACUGCCCCAAUUAUUCUAUAUUUUACAAUACAUUGCAACUGAACGAUGACGGCCCCUUCCAUUAUUGGAUCUUCAUCUUUCAGCUUCUAUGUUCCUAAUCAAGAUUACUUGAAGCAAUGUGUGGAUUUUUACACUGCUUGUGUCGGCUUCGGGGUUCAUUCUCGUAAGGAAUCUUGUGUUUAUUUGGUUUCUGAGAAUGGAAAGCUAUCCAUUGAAGUGGUGGCCAAAUCAGUUGAUCUUAGAGCUGUUGAAUCAUUGUUCAUCUUACAGUGUAUCAAUUUAAAUGACUUGAUUAAAAACCUUCAAUUGUGGAAGAAACCUGUACAAAUUUCUCCAAACGAGUUGUUCCCUAACGAAUGUUUCACAGUGGAUCCUCUAGGAAAGGUAAUUGGUUUUACCUUGACAGGUAAUCCCCUAUCCACUGUUCCAAAAGUCGCAAAGUUGACUCCUUUAGAUCACCUUUCUACCUCCAGUACUAUGUCCCACUCGAUCUCCAAUACCAACUUGGCGGGCACUGCGGGUCUUACCGCUGGAAAGAGAAGAAACGUUGCCGUAAUGACGUCGGGUGGUGAUGCCCCUGGUAUGAAUGCUAAUGUAAGAGCCAUUAUUAGAGCUGCCAUCUACAGAGGAUGUAAAGCGUUCGCUAUUAUGGAAGGCUACGAAGGUUUGGUCAAAGGUGGUCCUGAAUACAUUCGUGAAUUGAACUGGGAAGACGUCAGAGGAUACUUGAGUGAUGGUGGUACUAAUAUUGGAACUGCUCGGUGUAUGGAAUUUAGAGAAAGACCCGGUAGAUUACAAGCUUGUAAAAAUUUGAUAGAAGCUGGUAUCGAUGCCUUGAUUGUCUGUGGGGGUGAUGGUUCUUUGACUGGGGCUGAUGUUUUCAGAGCCGAGUGGCCUUCUUUGAUUCAAGAAUUGAGGGAUACCAACAGGAUCGACGAAGAACAGUAUAAUUCUUACAAGCAUUUGAACAUUUGUGGAACUGUGGGUUCUAUUGACAAUGAUAUGGCCACCACUGAUGCCACUAUUGGAGCAUACUCCUCAUUGGCAAGAAUUUGUCAAGCUAUUGACUAUAUUGAUGCUACGGCUAACUCUCACUCUAGAGCCUUUGUGAUUGAAGUUAUGGGAAGGCAUUGUGGAUGGUUGGCUUUAAUGGCAGGUAUUGCAACUGCUGCUGACUACAUUUUGAUUCCUGAAAAGCCGGCUUCUUCCAAGGAUUGGAAAGAGCAAAUGUGUAAGAUUGUGUCUGAUCACAGAGGUAGAGGAAAGAGAAAGAGUAUUGUGAUUGUUGCUGAAGGAGCAAUUACCAACGACUUGGAACCAAUUUCUUGUGAAGCAGUGAAAGAUGUGUUGGUAAGUGAACUUGGCCUUGAUACUAGGGUCACCACUUUGGGCCAUGUUCAAAGAGGUGGUACUGCUGUUGCAUUUGACCGGAUCCUCGCUACUUUACAAGGGGUGGAAGCAGUGGAAGCAGUCUUGGAAUGUACUCCUGACACUCCAUCUCCUUUGAUUGCAAUUGAUGAGAAUAAGAUUGUAAGAAAGUCUCUUGUGGAUGCAGUCAGAAUCACCAAGUCUGUUGCCACAGCUAUCGAAGCCAAAGAGUUCGAUAAGGCCAUGUCAUUAAGAGAUUCUGAGUUCAUUGAGCAUUUACUGAAUUUCAUGGCCAUGAACUCGGCUGAUCACAAUGAACCUGUUUUACCAGUUGAAAAGAGAAAGAAAAUCGCCAUUAUCAACGUGGGAGCGCCUGCUGGUGGUAUGAAUAGUGCUGUGUAUGCUAUGGCUACCUACUGUAUGUCACAGGGUCAUACUCCUUAUGCCAUCCACAACGGAUUCUCAGGUUUAGCCAGACACGAAUCAGUAAGACUGAUUGACUGGUUAGAAAUCGAAGGUUGGAACUCGAUUGGAGGAUCUGAAAUCGGUACUAAUAGAAACACCCCUGAAGAAACCGAUAUUGGAAUGAUUGCAUAUUACUUUGAAAAGUAUAAGUUUGAUGGGUUAAUUUUGGUGGGAGGCUUUGAAGCAUUUGCUUCUUUGAACGAAUUGGAGAAAGCUAGGAUGUCGUACCCGGCCUUUAGAAUUCCAAUGGUCUUGGUUCCAGCUACCAUCUCCAACAAUGUACCAGGUACUGAAUACUCACUUGGUGCCGAUACAUGCUUAAAUGCCUUGACUGAAUACUGUGAUGUCAUCAAACAAUCUGCUUCUGCCACCAGAGAAAGAGCUUUUGUGAUUGAAGUUCAAGGUGGUAACUCCGGUUAUAUUGCUACCUUUGCAUCCUUGACUACCGGAGCCCAAGCUUCAUACGUUCCUGAGGAAGGUAUUGAAUUGAGUCAAUUGGAAUUGGAUAUUAGAGCUUUAAAAGAAUCAUUUGCCAGUGAAAAGGGCUUGGCUAAGGCUGGGAAAUUGAUCUUGAAGAGCUCCAACGCAUCCAAAACUUUAACUUCUCAAGUUUUGGCAGACAUCAUCAAUGAAGAAGCCGAUGGUAAAUUCGAUACCAAAACCGCCAUUCCUGGUCAUGUUCAACAAGGUGGUUUACCUUCACCAAUUGAUAGAACCAGAGCUGCUAGAUUGGCUAUAAGGGCCGUGCAGUUCAUCGAAGAACACACCGACACUAUUGCUCCUUAUAAGUACAGUUCAGACUUCCCCUUUGAUGAUAAGACUAUAAGCGCAACAGCUGCUGUGUUGGGUAUUAAGUCAUCGCAUAUUAAGUUCUCAUCGAUCAGGUACUUGUACGACUUUGAAACCGAAUUAGGUAGAAGAAUGCCAAAGAAAAUUCAUUGGGCUAGAGUCAGAGAUAUUGCUGAUAAUUUGGUUGGUAGAACCCGUCUCACUAGAACCCAAUGAGAAUAUUAGUUGUUAAACAUUUAGUCAUAGAAAUAAGUUUAAGAUUUUCAAAAUCCGUAAAAUUCGCACCUACUUAUUAGACUUAUGAACCACAUAACUAGAUAUUAUAAAGGUACGUUUUGAAGAGCCUAUAAACAAAUCCAACAAGUUACUAACAUAAUAGACAUUAAGCAAGAUGUUUUGAAUGCCCAAACACGCCUGGAUAUAGCUAGCGCUACAACCAGCUUGAGGAUUCUUGAUGACCAAGUCCUGGAGACCUCACAACAGAUGACAAACUACGAUAAGCAAAAGACUCGAGAACUCAUCAACUCCUUGUCCAGACUAUUAGAAGCCAAGAAAAGCCUGAUGGAUACCUCCAAGUUCAAAUUUAAGGGUGCUCCCAUAAUUCUACAAACCGACAACUCUCCAACCAAGAACCUCAAUAUACAAGUGGGACCAAAGCCUUAUAUGGAAAACAUAUUUGACCAACGGAUUGAAAUACAAAGUCCUGUCAACCACUUGUUGCUCAAACAAUUUGAACGGUGUAUUGUUCUCAACCACAAAAACAGUUCGUCUGUGAACUUACAAACAGGCGCCAACUCAAUAUUACGAUUUGAUAUCGAUGGAACCAUCUCGGCAACUGGCCUAACCAACUGCAUUGUACUUGCCAAUUGUCAUCAGCUCCGGCUCCACAACAUCACAAACUCAUUGGUUGUAUCUGAUAUCACUACAAACGUGAUAAUGGAAAACUGUAUGAAUGUCAAGUUUUCUGGGGCUGUGAACGUGGAUGACUUCAACUUCAACUUUACCAACUCCCAAAACUACCUGUACGUUGAGAUAGAGCGAGAAUCACUUGACUGGAUCAAUGGGCAAUAUGAUGCAGAUUUGCUUCAGCAGACUCUUGGUCUAAUCCAUGACUGUUCGUAAGACUGUUAAUUUUCAACCCAUUUGGUCUUGAAGUGUUCAACAAGGGUGUCGAUGGAUUGCUGAGCCCGGGGUGCAUCUGGGCU